UUUCGGUUUCGUCUGAAAAUGAUAAAAACCAUGUGAUAAUCAAAGUCACGAGCCACUCUUCAUUCUCAUCGUUCUCUUCUUUCUUCCUCUUUUCAAACAAAAUAGAACUACACUAAACACUCUUCUCUCUCUCUCUCUCUUUACUUACUAUUACACUCAUUGACUCAAUCCUUCGUCCAACUAAUACCAACGACUAAAAAUGAACGAAUGAGAUGGAAACUGCUUCGAAUUCAAAGAUUCAAUUAUUGGUUUGGUUUUCUCAACUCAUGGGAGGUCUUUGUUCUAGGUCCGCCGAAGUUGACCGCGUCUUCGCCAACUCCGAUGCCGAUUCCGAUGCCUCUCAUAAACCUAAUACUAACAACAACAACAACCCCGCUGAUUUCACAACUCCGCCUCCAGUACGUGAAAUCAUGGAGAGAAAUCCCGCCGGUGUCACCGCUGAUGACGUUUUCUACGACGGAAUCCCACGCUACGCCGCUAAAGUCUCGGAGGUGAGUUCACGUUUGGGAAGAGCUGGAUUGGGGAAGGCGGUGGAGGUUUUGGACAAUCUUGGGAGCAGCAUGGCAAAUUUAAAUGCUGGGAGUGGGUUUGUUUCUGGAGCUGCAUUAAAAGGGAGUGAAAUUGCCAUCUUAGCAUUUGAGGUUGCAAACACUAUUGUCAAAGGUUAUCAGCUUCUGCAUUCUCUUUCCACAAAAAGUAUUAGGCAUCUAAAUAAAGAGGUGCUUCUUUCAGAGGCCGUGCAUGAUUUAGUGUCAAAGGAUACAGAUGAGCUUCUUAGGAUUGUUGCUGCAGACAAGAGGCAGGAGUUGAAGGUUUUUUCUGACGAAGUCAUUCGUUUUGGAAAUCGGUCAAAGGAUCCUCAGUGGCACAACUUAGACCGUUACUUUGAGAAGAUCAGCAAAGAGUCAAAUGCUCAAAGACUUUCAAGAGACGAGGCAGAAUCAAUAAUGAAACAAUUGAUGAAUUCGGUCCAAUUUACAGCUGAGUUGUACCACGAACUUCAUGCAUUGGUUAGAUUUGAACAAGAUAUUGAGCAUAAGGGCGAAGAGGAGGAUCAAAGAGGUGAUAACCUCGCAUUCUUGAGAGCAGAAAUUAAAAGUCAAAAGAAGCAAAUUAAACAUUUAAAAAAAAAAUCACUCUGGUGUAGAAGUUUGGAGGAGGUUAUUGAAAAGCUUGUAGACAUUGUCCAUUUUUUACAUUUGGAGAUAAGCAAUAACUUUGGGAGUGCAGAUGGCCAAAAGUCAAUAAUUGGAAACAUUGGCAAUCGUCAAAGAUUGGGCCCUGCAGGCCUUGCUUUGCAUUAUGCAAAUAUAGUACUUCAAAUUGAUACCCUUGUAGCCAGGUAUAUUGCUAUGCCUGCAAAUACAAGGGACACAUUGUAUCAAAACUUGCCCCCUAAUGUAAAAUCAGCUCUGCGUUCCAAAUUAUCAUCCAUUCAUGUUGUAGAAGAGCUGACUGCAGCGAAUAUUAAAGACGAGAUGGAGAAAACAUUACAUUGGUUGGUCCCAAUUGCCACAAACACAUCCAAAGCACACCAUGGUUUUGGCUGGGUGGGGGAGUGGGCUAACACAGGCUCUGAGGUGGAUAAGAAAGUUUUCCAGGGUGGUGCAAUGCGAAUUGAGACAUUCCACUAUGCUGAUAAAGACAAAGUAGAACAUUAUAUUCUUGAACUUCUCUUAUGGCUUCACCGCCUGGCCGUUAAAGUUAAGUCUGUCAGUGAUGCUGGCAAAGCAAGGCCUGCCAUGAAAUCCUCUGUCGGGGCUACCAUGGAAAAGACAAAUAAGCAUUCUACAAAUGCCCUAUUAUUACCAAUUUUAACAAUGGAUGAGCAAAACUUGCUGCAGGAUGUAAGUAAGAAAACCAAAAUGAAAGGAAUCAGUAAGAGCUUGGACUUUGACAGUCUGAAGCCUACAAUGAGUGAGAAAUGCAGACUGACCAAGAGUAGUAGUCUUUCAUCAAGUAAAAGCAAGGAGUUAUCUUUUAAUAGGGUUUUGUCAAAGCUUCCUGUGAUUGAUUUUGAUAUUGACAAAGAGCGAGUGUUGAACGUGAUCGACAGACUAGAUGUGGUCAGAUAAUUGGAAAUUUUACUGGUUGGCUUUUGAAAUGAAUGGAGAGAAGCAAUAGUACACGUGAACAUGACUGGGAUUUCUGGGGUACACAUAUCAUACUCUUUGCCGCAAGGGUUGAAUGCCAGUAUUUUUGCAGCAACUAUGGUACCCUGGAUUUUCUUGGCUUCAUUAAGGUGCAUUGUUUUGGUGAAGUUCCACGAUGUAGAGAUACCAUUGUCCACAUGGUAUUAAAGAAGUUGUUUCAUGUUUGCAUCAAUGUGAUUGCAGUGCCCAGGUGGAAUUGCAGUUCAGUCUUGACAGUGUAAAUACUAAAAAGAGGAUAGUGUGCCAGUCGUUUUGCACAGCUUUAAGAAAAAUUCCUGAUCCGAUAGACUAUAUAUUAAUGGUAAUGGUAACACAUUUCUGUAUCACCUGCAUCCUACUUUUUCGCAAAACAAUGAUUGGGUGAUUUUCCCAUAA